AUGAACCUGUUUGAACUAGGAAACCUGUCUUUCCUCGCCACCGCAAUCGCGUCUAUCCUGUCAGUUGUGCUACUUGUUGCCAUAUCGCAGCAGCUAUGGACACUGCGAUGGUCCAUCACCAGGGACAGGGACAGUGACUUGCCCCUCCCGAAGGGGUCUAUGGGGUGGCCAGUGGUCGGGGAAACUCUCGACUGGCUUUUUCAGGGUUCAAACUUUCAUGUGACGCGGCGAGAGAAGUAUGGCAAUGUUUUUAAAACGCAUCUUCUGGGGAAACCAGUCAUUCGUGUGACCGGAGCGGAAAACAUUCGUAAGAUUUUAAUGGGCGAACACAGCCUGGUGUGCACGCAAUGGCCACAAAGUACACGCAUCAUUCUGGGUCCAAACACUUUGGCCAACUCGGUUGGUGAGCUUCACAAGCGAAAACGAAAGAUCCUCGCACAAGCGUUCAGUCACGUCGCGUUUGAAACGUAUCUUCCUCGCUUACAAGAUGUCAUCAAAAGAGAAGUGGCCAAGUGGUGUUCAGAACCAGGAUCUAUUGAUGUCUACGCCGCGGCCAAGGCACUCACAUUCCGUAUCGCGGUGCAGGUGCUUCUGGGGUUGGAUGCUCCAGACGCCCAAAUGGAUUACCUCUCGAAAACAUUUGAGCAACUCACAGACAAUCUGUUCUCCCUUCCCAUUGAUGUAUCUUUCAGUGGCCUCCGUAAAGGUAUGAAAGCCAGAGACAUCCUCCAUAACGUUAUAGAGAAAAUGAUUGAGGACAAGCUCCAGAAACAAUGGAGUGGAUAUAACGACGCUUUCGAUUACAUUUUGAGCAGUGCCAAAGAAAACCACUUUGAUAUAACUCUCCAGGAACUGAAGGAGACUGCAGUAGAACUCAUUUUCGCAGCACACGCCACCACGGCCAGCGCCUCCACGUCACUCAUCCUGCUCUUGCUUCUGCAUCCCUCUGUUGCUCUGAAAUCCAGGGGGGAAAUUGAGUCGUCGGAACUUGGGCACGCUAUAAACAGAACAAGUGCCCCCCGCCUGUCACCAGAAAACUCAGUGGAAACAAGUAGGAGUAGAGAAUUAGAGGCGGUCCCCGUAGAUAAUAGAAAUGCUACUCCCAUUGCUCAAUUACACAACGGGAAAGUCGGAUCCAGCUAUCAUCUACCUCACCUGACCUUGGAAAAACUAAGCCGGAUGCAAUAUUUAGACUGUGUCGUAAAAGAAGUACUCCGACUUUUCCCACCUGUUUCAGGCGGUUACAGGACCGUUUUGAAGACAUUUGAAUUAGAUGGAUGCCAGAUUCCCAAAGGGUGGAGUGUCAUGUACAGCAUCAGAGACACCCAUGAGACCGCUCCCGUUUACCAGUGCCCAGAGCAGUUCGACCCCGAGCGCUUCGGGCCGGAGCGGGACGAGGUGGCCAAGGGGGGCCGCUUCAGCUACGUGCCCUUCGGCGGCGGGGUGAGGGGCUGUGUGGGCAAGGAGCUGGCCCAGGUGAUCAUCAAGACUCUGGCCACCGAGCUGCUGGCCACCACCGAGUGGAGAAUGGCCACCACGAAGCCACCGAGGAUGCAGACAGUUCCCGUCGUCCACCCGGUCAGCGGACUCCACGUCCACUUCAACUACAAGCAUCCCUGAGACUUCAACUUUCAGUCCAGAUUUUGUUCAGGGGUUUCCACUAAUUACGACCACACAUUUAUUGUCUGGGUGGCUGUGGCCUGUGACAGCAUACAAUGAGCAAACGUACAAGUCUAACUCUACAUGAGAUCUCUAUCACUGUUUCUGUAUGGCAAACAUAUCAAGGAAAUGAUGUCUGACACAGCUGAGAGUGCAGAUGCUUGGAGUUCUGUAUAUCCAGUCAGACAGUAUGUGGUGUGUAGAGCUGCUCAACUUUAGAUACAAACAUGGGUUUAGCUUAAGAGGCCCAAUCUGUCAUAUGAGGGAACGGAGAAUGUAUAACUUUUGGGAGAAGAUGUCUUUAAGAAGGGCCAGACAAGGUAGAUAGAAAGGAGAAAGUUGAACAGACAGAAAAUGAGGAGGAUAAAAGAUGGAACAAGAAAGUGGCACGGCUUUAAAGAAAUGUGUGACCUCAAAGAUUUGU